UAAAAUUGCAAUAAUGACCGAAGUGAGGAAGGAUGACGUUGUAAAAAUUCUUCACACUUAUCCGUUUUGUAGAGUAAGUAAAAUAAAUGUGAUAUGUCCGAUGAAAUGAAACAAGAGGCGAUGGAAUUAUGUGUGACAGCAGCAGAAAAAUAUGCAGACAAUUAUGAAAGCGUAUCUCGAAUGAUUAAGGAGACAAUGGAUAAAAAAUUCGGUGCAUCAUGGCACACUGUUGUUGGAGAAGGCUACGGUUUUGAAAUAACUUAUCAAUUGAAGCACCUUCUGUAUAUGUAUUGUGCCGGAAAUUUGGCAAUAUGCAUUUGGAAAUCUGCAUAGUACAGUUUCGACACUUAUUAUAAUUUAUUUUAUGUAUUUAUGUGUAUUUAUGUGUUUAUAUAAUGCAUAUAUAUAUGUGCUUGAAUGUAUGUAUAAAAGUACUUUCAUAUGAAUUUGUGAAGCAUAUGUAAGAUAAACUGUUACAAGAAAAGAGAAAGAAUAUUUAACUGUAAUAUCUCAG